AUGGAGGAUGAUGGGCUGCAAAGUCUAAGUCUGCUAAAAAACAGAACGUACAUUCUGAACAAGACCUGGAGUGACGGCGUGAUAGCUGCCCACGCGCCCUACCUGGUGACCGCGAGUGGAGCGGCUCUUGUGCUCUGGAACAGGAAGACGCUGGGGUCCUUCUUGGUGUCCAAAGAGCCACACGUGAGGAAAGUGGUCAUCCUGGCCGAGAGCCAGGAGGUUCCAGAUCCUGGGGUUGAAGAAGCAGCCACAACCACCCCUCCUACUCUUCCUCCACCGCACCCUCUACUUUGCACCCGGUCCUCUGUGCCCUGUCGGGACGGGAAGGGAUGCAUUUCUCGGGAGAACCUCUGUGACGGUGGGCGUGACUGUCAGGAUGGCUCUGAUGAAGAGAACUGUCCCCGUUUCUGCAACAGACCAGGGGUCUUCCAGUGCCUGGAUGGAAGCAAGUGCAUCGAGGCGAAGUACCACUGCGACGGGGCCCAGCAGUGCCUGGACGGGUCAGAUGAGUGGGACUGCUGGAAGCCCACUGAGGACUGUUCUCUGCGCUGUGACAACAAGACCCGCUGUGUCCCUAAGAGCUGGCUCUGUGAUGGCAACCUGGACUGUUCUGACAAAAAAGAUGAACAAGGAUGUACCCAUGAAAAAUGCAGCGUGUCGGAGUUUAGAUGCGAGGACGGCCAGUGCAUAUCAUAUUCUCUGCGUUGUGAUGGGAACCGAGACUGCCGGGACCGCUCGGACGAAGAAGGCUGCCCCGUUGCCCGGCCCCUGCGGUGCCCGCCAGGGGAGGUGAAGUGCCCGAGGAGCGGGGAGUGUGUGUUGGCGGAGUGGAUAUGUGACCACGACUUAGACUGCAAAGAUGGAAGUGACGAGAAGAACUGUGACCCUCAGGGGCUUCGGUGUGGCUCUGGCCAGUGGCCCUGUGCCCGUGCGGACCAGUGUGUGCCUGACUCGUGGCGCUGUGACGGGCAGCGCGACUGCAGGGACGGCAGCGACGAGGCUGGGUGCCCCCCCGAGAAGUGCCAGAGCUCUGAGUUCCAGUGCCUCUCCUCUGCCUGCCUCAACCUCAGCCUGGUGUGCGACGGGAAGGAGGACUGUGCCGACGGCUCCGACGAGGGUGGACAGUGCUCGUGGUCAGCAUGCAGCCAAGCAGGGUGUUCCCACACCUGCCACCCGUCCCCAAGAGGUCCUAUGUGUGCCUGCGAGCGAGGCUUUGAGCUGGAGGGCAGUGGCCGAGUCUGCCAGGAUGUGGAUGAGUGCCAGGGGCCGGGGGCUCGGCCUUGCAGCCAGACCUGCAUCAACACCGAGGGCUCCUACCGCUGCGCCUGUCGCCCUGGCUACCUGCUGGAGCCUGACGGCCACACCUGUAAAGCAGCAGGUUAACUGGAGCUGGGAGUGUCUCCUAAGCUGGGUCACGAGCUUCCAGGUGCUAACUCGGCCAGGAAUGCCAAUGCAAACCUCUCUUUCUCGGGUCCUAAAUGCUCCUGCCUGCUUUGUCUGUCUUUAGAGCAAG